UUUGCGCGCGCGCACACACACACACACACACAGAAAUCAGGGCUGGCAGAAUCUCAGGCCUCCACAAUCGUACUCAAGGGAUUUAAGGAUCUAUUUUUUCCACUUUAAAAUAUUAUUUAUAAUAUUUUUACUCCUAAUAAUUGAACAUGGUAACUAUGGCAACCCGGGUGGUAUGGAAGCUCGCGCUGUUGGAACGCAGUUCGGUGCAGUUCUAACUUUUCUCCUGAGUUCAGAGAGUAUGCGGGUUAUCGCGGCGUGUUGCUCUGCGCCCUAGUUUUCUUUAAUUGCGGGUUUUGUUUUAGUGCUCGUGCACGUUCGGUGUGUCCCGGUCGGAGAAAUGCACGUUCACGCAGCCGCGGCUCGGUUCCUCCGCCUGUGCGCGCUCGGUGUGUGUGUGAGUGUGUGUGGAGGAGAGGACGGGUCCUGCCAUGGAGCUUUUGAUUUAUACUUUGUGCUGGACAGGUCCGGCAGUGUGUCCACCAACUGGGGGGAGAUAUACGGAUUUGUGGAGCAGCUAACUAAUCGCUUUGUGAGCCCCAAGAUGAGGGUUUCAUUUAUCGUGUUCUCUUCGAGUGCUGAGGUCAUUCUCCCACUGACUGGAGACAGAGAUGAUAUAGAGAAAGGUUUGGAGCGCUUAAGUAAAAUCAGACCUGCUGGUGACACCUACAUGCAAGAGGGACUGAAACAGGUUAUAGAGCAGAUGAAAGCUCAGAGCACGAAGGCAUCCAGCAUCGUCAUCGCACUGACUGAUGGGAAACUGGGCGUGUACCCACAUGAGCUUUCAGUGCAGCAGGCGGAUCUGGUGAGACAGUAUGGAGCCCGUGUUUACUGUGUAGGAGUGAAGGACUUUGAUGUUCUACAGCUUGUUGAUAUUGCAGACAACAGGGAUCAGGUGUUUCCUGUGCUGGAUGGAUUCCAGGCGCUUAAGUCGAUUGUGAAUUCUAUUUUACAGAAGUCCUGCGUGGAGAUCUUAAACGUAGAGCCUUCCAGUGUUUGUGUCAACGAAUCCUUUAACAUUGUUUUAAGAGGGAGGGGCUUCACUCAGGGGCGGAGCUCGGACGGUGUGGUCUGUACACUGUCUGUAAACCAACAGGAAACCUACAAUGAAAAGCCGAGCAUUGUGAAGGACUCUUAUGUGCUGUGUCCAGCUCCAGUGUUGACUGAAGUUGGACACUCAAUCGAAGUGCUGAUUAGCUUUAAUCACGGCCACUCCUACGUUUCAAGUCCGAUCACGAUCCACGCCACCACGUGUUCGAACGGCAUUGUGGUGGCUUUGGUUCUCCUGGUUCUGCUACUGCUGGUGGCACUGGUUCUGCUGUGGUGGUUCUGGCCGCUCUGCUGUACCGUGGUCAUUAAAGAUCCUCCACCCUCUCGACCUCCUCCUCCUCCACCUCCUCCUCUAAUCGAGCCAGAGGAAGACCCCCUACAGAAGAAGAAAUGGCCCACUGUGGAUGCGUCAUACUAUGGAGGCCGAGGAGUCGGGGGGAUUAAACGCAUGGAGGUUCGUUGGGGAGAACGAGGCUCCACUGAGGAAGGAGCACGACUGGAGAAAGCCAAGAACGCCGUGAUCACAAUGCCCGAGGAGGAGGAACUGAACGAGCCAAUUGAGAGAGCUCCUCGUAGACCAGCACCACCCCAUCCACCCCCACCCCCUACUAAAUGGUACACCCCGAUUAAGGGCCGUUUUGACGCUCUGGUAGCAUUGCUGCGGCGACAGUACGACCGAGUGGCUGUGAUGAGACCUACAACACACGAUAAGGGUCGCUGCAUGAAGUUCACAAGGAUUCAGAGUCACUAGUUUUCCCACUGUGUGCUAUUGUGUGCACUGUGUGUUAUUGUUGUUGAUGAUUUGUUAUAGAUGAUUUGUUAUAAGCAAUGCCCUGCCUUUAGAGACUGUAUUCUAUGUCUCUACUCUAGACUACUCUGAAGUUCUCUUUUAUUGGUCGAUUCUGCUGAUUUUUUUAGUUUUUGCACCUGUGCCUUGUUUUGACACGUUUUGUAUAAAGUUUUACACAUA